AUGUCCAGCUCCGGAAAGGACUUCAGCUACAAGGGCUCCGGCACCAACAGCCAGGGAAAUCACUGGUGCUCCCGCGACUACGGAUCUGGAAGCUCUAACUCGAACUCUUACCACUAUUCGAACAGUGACGGCUCUUACUACUACUCCAACCCCAAUGGAAGUACCUACUACAACAACGGAAGUGGUGGUUCGACCUAUACUCCUCCCAGCGGAAACGGUGGCUCGACCGGAAAGAAAUAA